AUGGCCCUCAAGCUGCAGCAGAAGGCGACCCUCGCCCGCACCGCCCCGAGCGUGCGCUGCACUGUGGUCCGGCCGAGGCUGUCUGUGCGCGCUAGCGCCCAGAAGCAGGAGCGCGCCGCAGCGGCUGUCACCGCCGGCGUGAUCAGCGGCGUCGGUGCCAUGAUGGCCUCGCCCCUGAUGGCCGAGGCGGCCGUCACCCCCUCCCUCAAGAACUUCCUCUACUCGCUGAUCGCGGGCGGCGUGGUCCUGGGCGGCAUCGCCGUGGCCAUCACCGCGGUCUCCACCUUCGACCCCGUCAAGCGCGGCUGA